AUGAGCGUCAGUGAUAGUGAUAUUUGGGCUUCUGAUUUAGAUUUGGCUUCCAGCGAAUUUCAGCAACAAGAAUCGGCUGAAAUACGGAAACUUCGAUCGGUACAUAAUAAAAGAGGAUAUUUGGACGGCAUCACCUCUGCCAAAGAGGACAAUUUACAAAAGGGAUUCGACAGCUCGUACAGUGUAGGAUCCAACCUUGGUGUUCGCAUUGGUGUGAUUCUAGGUGAGCUACAGAUACUUGCACUUUUACAUGGCGGAAGUGACAAAGCAUUGACCGAGGAUUUCCAACGGGCACAACUAGAACUUCGAAUCAACAAAGUGCUCAGUAAGCAGCAUUUCGACGAAAACUGCAAUCCUAUACAUGUCAAUAGUCCCAUACAACGGUGGGAGAAAAUACUUGGUGACUAUCGAAAUAAGUACCCACGGAUUUCGUCUCGCUAA